UCGUGGAUGCGUCGGCAGAAGAAGAAAAAGAAACAAAGAUGGCUGCAAGGUUACUCCUCCGCUCAGGCUUCAGGGCCGCGCUGAGCCGCCGGGCCGCUGCUGUCCCGUCAAUGUGCCGCAACAUGGCAGCUGGAGGAAUUCCUACUGAUGAAGAACAAGCCACCGGCCUGGAGAAGGUCAUCAUGAAGGCCACGAAGGAGGGCUCUGACCCUUACAGCAUGAUGAGGCCCAAGGACUACGCCGGCUCCAAAGUGGAUCCUCACUUGGUUCCCUCCAUCACCAACAAGAGGAUCGUGGGAUGUGUGUGCGAGGAAGACAACACGGCGGUGGUGUGGUUCUGGCUCCACGAGGGCGAGGCCCAGCGCUGUCCGUCCUGCGGUGCCCACUACAAACUGGUCCCACACGAACUCCCCCACUAGACCCAAGAUAAGAUAA